CUCGCCAUUUUGGCUCCCGCUCGAGCUCGUGGCGUCCGCGUGGACAGCGAGAGUCACAGAGGAGACCGCAAGCAGGAUGGAGCACUACCGGAAAGCUGGAUCCGUAGAGCUCCCAGCACCUUCCCCAAUGCCCCAGCUACCUCCUGACACCCUGGAGAUGCGGGUCCGAGAUGGCAGCAAAAUUCGCAACCUGCUGGGACUGGCGCUGGGUCGAUUGGAGGGCGGCGGUGCCCGGCAUGUGGUGUUCUCAGGUUCUGGCAGGGCUGCGGGAAAGGCUGUCAGCUGCGCUGAGAUUGUCAAGCGCCGCGUCCCAGGUCUGCACCAGCUCACCAAACUGAGUUUCCUGCAGACUGAGGACAGCUGGGUCCCCACUUCACCUGACACAGGACUAGACCCCCUCACAGUGCGCCGCCACGUGCCUGCAGUGUGGGUGCUGCUCAGUCGGGACCCCUUGGACCCCAAUGAAUGUGGCUACCAACCUCCAGGGGCACCCCCUGGCCUGGGCUCCAUGCCUAGCUCCAGUUGUGGCCCCCGACCCCGACGAAGGGCUCGAGACACCCGGUCCUGAAGACCUGCUGAGCCAGGCUGUUCUCCAGACCUGAAUAUCUGGGAUGAUUGUGCCUUCUCCGAGAAGCCCUGUGACUGUUCAAUAGCCCUGUCAAGGCUUGAGUCCACAGAAGUGGGUCUCCCUGUUCUGCGUCCCCUUCCCUCUGGCAUGUGGGAACGGAUAGCUAUGAAGAGUGACAGGCGUAGGGUCUCUGUGGACUUCUGGAUUGCUAAAGAAAGGUUUAUUCUGCCUUCUACCUACCGUGUGUGUGAUCUACCUUCUGACAGAGGUCCAAGGAGGGAUUUAGACAAUAAAGUUUCUGCCCAUUUGUCUGAUGA